AUGAUACAGAUUUUGCUCUUAAUCUCCAUCUUCACCCUCCAGUUUACAGCGAAUGUGGUGUAUUUUGCACAAAUCGCUGACUUGGAGGAGUCAGGACCAUUCAGUCGGCCCCCGGAGCCGGGCUUGUUGGCAUGGUUACAGCUGAGCCACCAUCUCAACCUGUUCCAUCAGUCCAGUCUGUAUGUCUGGCAGUCAUCCAACCACAGGAGGAGUGCUGAAUCUGUGGGGAUGAGACAUGUCAGUGGGGACAGGCUCGUGGCACGGCCCAGGAUGGUAUUAUCAGUACCGAAAUCUGUGAAUGCAGAAAUCCCUGCAACACUACAGUCCCUGAAGCUGGUGACACCAGACACCCCCCCACCCCCACCAUCUGUCCCCCUGUACCAGGAAGCCUUACAGCACUGUGAACUGGGCGAGGGCACGUCUUCUACCCCACAAGUCUGCUACAUCAGCAGGAACAUGCAGGGUGUUGGGAGAGUACACGGGGUGUGCUUCAGGGACAUGUCUGUGUUGGAGAGAGUGCAGGGCUUGUACAGGGACAAUGCAAGGAGAUGUGUGGUAGAACUGUCGUAA